AUGCCCGCUGUGAGUGCGCCCGCGAAGGUGCUUGUCACCGGGGCAAACGGCUAUCUGGGUGUAUGGCUCGUAAGAUCGCUAUUGGAGCGAGGCUACCACGUUCGCGGUACUGUCCGCACCACGGGCAAGGGAGAUGUACUGAAGCGCAGGGUGGUUGACGCGGGAGAUAAGUUCGAAUACGUCGUCGUCGAAGACGUGUUGAAGGAUGGCGCCUUUGACGAUGCCGUCCGUGGUAUGGACAUCAUCAUGCACACACUAUCACCCAAUGUUCUCAGCAUGGUUCCCGAAGAGGUCAUCGAGCCCGCGGUCAAGGGUACAGUGAGCAUACUUGAAUCGGCGGAGAAGCACCAGAUAGUCAAACGUGUCGUCAUCACCGGUUCCAUUGGUGCUAUCAUGCGCUGGCCUCCCGGUGAACCAAGAGUGUACGACGAGUCGGUGAUCAACGAUCCGGCUAUCCACGACGUCGAGCAGGGCAGCAAAGACCCGGUGACGAUCUACUGCGCAUCGAAAACGAAGGCUGAACAAUCGGCCUGGGCUUUUAUGGAAAAGAAAGGAAUCAAGACAUUCGAUCUGGUGUUUCUUAACGGCUCCAUCUUCAUCGGUCCAGUGGCGCAUCCUAUCUCUGGGCCCGCAGAGAUGACUCUCUCCCUUCAGCACUUCUACCUCGGUGUCAUACACGGGCGCACUGAGGCGACGAUGUUCCGACCUGGAAGUGGCUGGAUUGACGUCCGUGACGUCGCAGCCGCACACGUUCUGGCCGCACAGAACGAGAAAGCCGGUGGGCAACGCAUCAUCUUAUCUGCAGGGGACUUUGUUCUGUCAGAGCUCAACGCCGCAGCACACGCCAUAGACUCCACCCUUCCCGCAGGCGAAAUCGCUUCGGAUAAGGUGUACAAGUUUGAUUCGAGGAAGAUGCGAGAUGUGCUGGGGUUGCGACCGAGGUCGCUCGAAGACAGUAUCCGAGAUUCAUUGGCGUUCUAUAAGACCGUUCCUAGCGCUGCUAUCUAA